AUGAACUUUCAGGCAGAGUUGGCUCGGCAGUACUUCGAGCACGCGCCGUCGCCCAACCGCAGCUCCUCGCCCGCUGGCUCGGCCGCCGACGAGGACGCCGGCCGCGCGGGCGCAGACGCCGCCCCAGGCGGCCCCCCCGAGGCCGCGCCCCCGCACGGCGGCGCCACGGCCGGGCCGGGCGCCUGCGACCGAGAGGUGCCGCGCUGCUGCCCCGGCACGCGCCUGUCUUCUGCGGCGCGCGGCUGCAGGAGCAGCUCGCCCGCGCCGCGCGCCGGCGAGGGCGCGGAGCCUGCCGCGGCGGAGGGCACCGCGGACGGCGGCCUCCGGGGCGUCAGCCCGGCGGCCGCGGACCUGUGGAGCGACUGCGACGACAUCGCCCACGAGGACCUGGUGGACUGGCUCGCGGACUUCGCGCGGCUCCGCCUGCGGGCGCAGGGGCGCGAGGCCCCCUGGGACGUGUGCGCACUGCCCGGCGACCCGCGCGGCGCUCCACAGGAGGGCCUCCGCGCGUUCCUGCGCUCGCUGCUCUCGCCCGCGCCCCCCGCGCUGGCGGCCCAGGAGGCCGCCGUGCCGCGCGGCUGGGGCGGCGGCGCGCGGCACGGCGGCGCGAAGCUGCCCUGGGCCGAGCCGUCGGCGGAGGCGGGCUCGCAGUCGACGCUGUCGGCCCCGCGCACCAGCUGGGAGGCGCCCACCACGGCGCUCAGCGCCUCCGCCUCGUCCUCCAGCGCCUCCGCGGGCACGGGCGCGGGGCAGGGCUGCCCUGUGGCCCGGGGCUGGCAGCCGCGGCCCGCGGAGGCGGCGGCGGAGGGAUGCGGCCGCCUCCCGCGCGGCUGGGGACACGCCGCGGCCGGAACGCGGGCGAUGCAGGAGUGGGAGAUCGAGUUCGUGCUGCAGGGCGUCCUCGCCGCGUCGCCGCCCCUCGGCGCGCCUCCCGCGGCGCGCGGCGGCCCGCCCGCGGCGGAGACGCAGUGGCACCGCGGCGGCGCGGCGGCCAGCCAGCGGUUCCCGCCCGGCAGCGCCGAGGCGUGGGCGGCAGGCACCUACGGCCCCGCGGCGGCGUGGCGGCCGGCGGCUGCGUCGUGGCCGCAGUGCACGCGCUGAGGGGGGGCGCGGCGCCUCGUCGCGGCCGCUGUCUGCCGCCUUCCCCAGGCGGUCGGUGGGCACGUGCAAAGUACGGCCUCGCUCCCUCGUGCUCUCCGCGGUGCACUCUGAUCGCGGCAGUCCAGCUCCCGCGGCAGCAGACGAAAG